UGCUCACACUUCCGGCUCCUGCUUCCGCCCGGCUCCAAGAUGGCCCCCGCUGGUCUGACCUCGGGACCCAGUCACGUGGGAUGCGACGCAGGAGCUGCUGGGAGCUCCACACAUGGAGGGGAAAGCGGAGAAGGUUCUGCGGUACGAGGCGUUCGUGACUGACACCCUGCAGCGGGAUCUGCGGAAGGUGCUGGAGAAUCGGGACGCCGUCUACGAGAAGAUCAGUCAGUAUCUGCAGCUGAAGAAUGUGAUCGAGCGGCUGCAGGAGUUGCCGGCCGAGACGCUACAGACACAAGUUGACCUGGGAUGCAACUUCUAUGUGAGCGCCGAGGUUCCGGACUCCUCCAAGAUCUUCCUGGCUCUGGGAUUUGGUUUCUUUGCCGAGUUGACGCUGGAAGAAGCGCUGAAAUUUAUUGAAAUGAAAAACAAGAUGCUGACAGAGAUUAGCGAAAAUCUGUCCAGAGAUGCUGCCAAUAUUAAGGCUCACAUCCGGCUGGUCCUAGAGGGUCUGCGGGAGCUGCAGGAUCUCUCAGACUAACGCGGUGUCUCUAAUAAGAAGGCUGUGAACGUCCCACGAACACGCGACAGUCAGAGGAGCGUGCGUGUGUGUGUAUGUGUGUGUUUGUGUAUGUGCGUGUGUGUUGGUGUAUGUGCGUGUGUGUGCGCAUGAUCAAGCAUUUCAGCCUUAUUUAUAUGUAAGUCGUCUCUCUAAUAAAUUGAUUAAAAACA